GCUAAAGGAUUGUUUAACAAGGUUAUUGGCCAGAGUGGUUCAGUUGCAUUUGCUGAAGUGGUUAAGCCUCCAGAAAUACAGAUUGCUAGUGUGAAGGCUCUAGCCACUUUGACAGGUUGUGAAUCAGAAAACACAGAUGAGGUGUUAGAUUGCUUGAGAACCAAGCCUUAUAUGGACUUAGUAAAACCAGCACCACUAAAAGAGGAUGAUCCACCACCCAUUUUGAUGUGGACCCCUAUAUCAGGAGAUUCAUUCUUCCCCAAACACCCAAUGGAACUUUUGGAAGAUGAAGAUACUCACAAGCAACUCAAAGGAAUAAAGUUCAUAUUUGGAGUUAAUGACAUUGAAGCCUACAUGUUGACAAAAGCUGAUCUAUUCAUGAGAACAUUUUCUUCUGAAAAAACAUUGACGAACUUGAAAAAUGAUGUACAGAUGCUGCUGAUGAUGUUCUUACAUACACCCCCUCCAAGUGAAGACAAUAAAGCAAUGUAUGAUGGAAUCAUAGAUGCCCUGCUUGAUCACUACCUCAAAGUAUCUGACCCUACAGAGGAAGAUUUGAUUGUGACAGCAGCAAGAAUUGGUGGAGGUAUAUUGCUGCAAGCUCCACCAAUAAGAACUGCAAACAAGUUUAGAGAAAUAGGUGCAGAUGUUAAGUUUUAUGUGCUGAAUAAAGGGCCAAGUCACUUCAUGAACUUCAGACCAAGUUUCAUAGAAACAGACCACGGUGAUGAUUUAUUCUUCUGCUUUGGCUUAAGCCAUACUAUCAAUUCAGAACCAAUGUUCAGUAAUGUUACUUGGAAUGAAGAGGAUAUUCGUAUGGAAGACUUGUUUGUAAACUAUUGGCUCAACUUUGCUAAGACUGGUGACCCAAAUGGCCCUAACCUACC